AUGUCAGCACGAACACAAUAUAGAAGAUUUGAUGCUAAUCCUUCCCCAAAUACUUACAAGUUGCCUAGUGCUUUGGGAUCCAAUGUACCCAACAAGCCAUCGAGCGCUUGCUACACACUGAGAGGUCGAACAAGUGCGAUGGGGUUUGCCGAAGACCUCGCAAAGACUCCUGGUCCUGCUGGAUACAGAGUUCCCAACUAUAAUACGGUAAGAAGAGCAGCUCCUCAGUAUUCUCUGAGUGCCCGGUGUUAUAUGCCGAGCGACAGAACAAAGAAACCGGGUCCGGGAGCUCACAAUGCAGAACGUGUAUCAUACCACUUGAAACGCAGUCCUUCAUUUUCUAUGGGUAUACGGCACUCUGAAUUCAUCACUCCCUUGAUAAUCGACGUUGGCUUCAACUAA